ACGACGACGACGACGACGACGACGACGACGACGACGGAGGGCGCGCCGGUGAAGGUGCGCAAGCCGUAUACGAUUACGAAGAAACGGGAAAAGUGGAGCGAUGAGGAGCACGCGUUGUUCGUUGAAUCGUUGAAAAAGUACGGGAGGGCGUGGAGGAAGAUUGAGGAACACAUCGGGACGAAGACGGCGGUCCAGAUUCGGUCGCACGCGCAAAAGUUUUUUUCCAAGUUGCAAAAAGAACAAGCCGCGCGAGGUUCGGCGAGCGGAAGCGACGCCCCGGCGGGGUCGCAAGGCGACUCGAGCAAACGGCGCGGUGCCCGUGGUUCGACUUCUGGAAGUAAGAAGAGUAGAAGGAGCGUUUCGCCGGAUUUGAACCUGAAGAUCCCGCCGGCGCGUCCGAAGAAGAAGCCCGACCACCCGUACCCGAAGAAGGCGACGAGCCAGCAACCGAGCGGCGGAAGCGGAGAGGGGAAGAGCACUGGGACGGCGCAAAAUAUGAUGGGGUCGGCGACUCAAGCCGAACACAUCGCUAACGCAUCCUCCUCUGCGGCGGUCGCGGCUGUGUUAUCCGUGGCUUCAGAUAAAAUGCAAACGAGCUUGCAGCACGAUUUGCGCGCGGGUUACUUUGGCGUACCUCCGGGCGCCGGCAUGUUUGCGCAGCCGGGAUUGUUUCCGGUUCAGCACAUGAUGAAUCCGUACGUGGGCAUGUCGAACCCCGCAGCUGGAGCGCAGAAUCCUCCUCAAAUGAGUAAUCCCCAGCAGUUCAUUAACUACAUCAACUUUUUGACCAACAUGUGGCGACAAAACGCAAACGCCAUGAGCGCG